AUGAAAAUAAUAAGAAAAAAAUUAUUUUUGGGAAUGGCAUUUAUAUUUGGUAGCAUCCAUAUUGAGAGUGUCUUGAACUCCACACUGGUGCUGGACAUGGCCAAAAUUCUGUUGGAUAAUUAUUGUUUUCCAGAAAAUCUGGUGGGAAUGCAAGAAGCCAUUGAACAAGCCAUCAAGAGUGGUGAGACCUUGGAUAUCUCAGAUCCUAAAAUCUUGGCAACAGUUCUGACAGCUGGAGUUCAAGGAACUUUGAAUGAUCCACGGCUGGUGGUAUCUUAUGAACCUUUAGCUCCUGCAGUCCCUGAGCAAGAAACUGAGGCUUCUCUAUCAUUAGAAGAGCUUUUAGAUGUUGCCAAACAUACAGUGAAGUCUGAAGUGCUGGAUGACAACGUGGGCUACUUAAGAACAGACUACAUCAUUGGUGAGAACAUUGUGCAGCAAAUUGGUGCUUUCCUGGUAGAAAACAUGUGGAAGCCCUUGAUGGAGACAUCCGCUCUGGUAUUAGAUCUGCGUUACGCCACUGGAGGGAAGAUCUCAGGCAUUCCAUUCAUUAUCUCCUACUUGUACAAUGCGGACAAGGUGCUGCAUGUGGACACUGUAUACAACCGGCCUUCUAAUAGUACUGUGGAAAUCUGGACCUUUCCAAAAGUGCUGGGUAUAAGAUAUAGUAAGAACAAGGAUGUAGUUUUGCUAACAAGUAAGCACACCUCUGGGGUGGCUGAAGAUGUGGCUUAUAUCCUCAAGCAAAUGCACAGGGCCAUAAUAGUGGGAGAAAGAACAGCAGGUGGCUCCUUGGACAUCCAGAAAUUACAGAUUGGUGCUUCCCAGUUCUACAUGACCGUUCCUGUAUCAUGUUCUAUGAGCCCCUUAAGCAGCAGUGGGCAAAGCUGGGAACUUAAUGGGGUGAUACCAAGUGUAGCCAUUUCAGCAGAGCAAGCUCUGGAUGAUGCCCUGGCCAUUAUUUCACUUCGCAAAGCUGUUCCUGAUACUAUCAGUCACUUGAUGCACAUCUUGCAGAACAAUUAUUCAAUAGUGGAGCAGGUACCAGCCCUGCUUCAACAACUCUCUGCAUUUGAUUAUUCCACCAUCCUGUCAGAAAAGGAUCUGGCUUUCAAACUCAAUACUGAAUUACAAAGCAUAUCCAAAGACCCACGUCUUUUCUUGUGGACUACCACAACCAGUGAGGCUAUGGUUACAACAGCUGAAGAGCCGAUUGACAUGACUACUGAUCUACCUGAUGGUGAACAACUCAAACAAAUCCUGGCUGCUGUGUUUAAAGUGUCAAUACUAUCAGAAAAUGUGGGUUACCUGCGCUUUGAUCAGUUUGCUGAUGCUGGAGUGCUGAUCAAGCUAGGGCCCUACAUUAUAAAUCAAGUCUGGGAACCUUUGCAGACAACUGAUUAUUUGAUCAUUGACUUGCGCUACAACCAUGGUGGACCAUUUUCAGAUGCUGUACCAAUCUUAUUAUCUUACUUCCAAGAUCCCUCUGCUGGUCCUGUGCAUUUCUUUACCAGCUAUAACAGACUUACAAACCAGACUCAAGUUUACAACAGUAGAAUUGAACUACUGGGCAAGCCCUAUGGGACACAACGUGGCAUCUAUCUACUCACCAGCCAUCAAACUGCUACAACAGCUGAGGAGUUUGCCUACCUGAUGCAAUCCCUUGGCCGUGCUACCCUGAUUGGUGAAAUUACUGCAGGCAGCUUGUCCCACACACACCCCUUCUGCAUACUCAAGUUAAGAGAAGAGGAAGACUGUGGCCUCUUUAUCAAUGUGCCAGUCAUCACCUUCAUUGAUAACCAUGGGGAAUAUUGGCUUGGUGGAGAAGUGGUGCCUGAUGCCAUUGUACUAGCUGAUGAGGCUCUGGAGAAAGCACGAGAGGUGUUGGAAUUCCAUAGAGAUAUGGGAGCACUUAUUGAGGAACUUGGCCUGUUGCUUGAAGCACAUUAUGCCGUACCAGAAAUGGCCAGAUGGGCAAGAGGCAUAUUAAAUUCCAAGUUGACUCAAGGAGGUUAUCGCACAGCAGUGGACUUUGAAAUGCUUGCCUUACAGUUGACCACUGACCUUCAAGAAGUUUCUGGGGAUCACCAGUUACAUGUAUUUCACAACCAUGUAGAAUCAUCCUUACAGGAACAGCUUCCCAACAAGACUCUGACCCCUGAGGAGAUGCGCUAUAUAAUUGAGGAGCUAUUCAAGGUAGACAUUUUGCCUGGCAAUGUAGGAUAUUUACGAUUUGACUUGAUGGCUGAAGCAGAGACGGUGAAGGCCAUUGGACCACAAUUAUUGCAUAUUUGGGACAAGCUUGUGACAACAGAUGCUAUGAUUAUUGACAUGCGCUAUAACACAGGCAGUUAUUCCACUGCAGUGCCCAUAUUUUGUUCCUAUUUCUUUGACAGUGAGCCCCAGAAGCACCUUUACACACUCUUUGACCGUAGCACCUCUCAAAGUACUGAGGUGUGGACUUUACCACAUGUAUCUGGCAAACAAUAUGGCUCAGCCAAGGAUAUUUAUAUCUUAAUAAGCCACUUGAGUGGAUCAGCAACUGAAGCCUUUGCUCGCUCUCUGAAGGAUCUUCGUCGUGCCACAGUAAUUGGGGAGCCCACUUUGGGGGGCUCACUCUCUGCAAAUAUUUACCAUUUGGGCAGCAGCCCAUUAUAUGCUUCCAUCCCCAGCCAGGUUGUGCUCAGUCCAGUCACUGGCAAAGUGUGGAGUCUCUCUGGAGUACAGCCACAUGUUACCAGCCAGGCUUCGGAAGCCAUGACUUCAGUCCUGAACAUCAUUGCUUUGCGCACCAAGAUACCCAGUGUUUUGCAGACAGUGGGCAAACUGGUGGCUGACAACUAUGCUUUUGCUGAUAUUGGGGCUACAGUGGCAGACAAACUUUCUGAUGAUGCCAAAAAAGACACUUACAUGAAGAUCAAUUGUGAAACGGUACUUGCUGAAAAAAUUGCAGCUGACCUAAAAGCUCUUUCUGGAGAUAAGCACUUAAAAAUAAUCCAUAUUCCUGAACACCCAAGUAAUCAUAUCCCAGAGAUCAUGCCCGUGCAGAUCCUUUCCCCAGAAAUGUUAGAAGACCGCAUUAAGAUUUCUUUCCAAACCAAAGUGUUUGAGAAUAAUGUUGGUUACCUCAGAUUCGAUACGUUUGGAGACAAUGAGCUUUUGCCUCAAAUCUCUGAGUUGCUGGUGGAGCAUGUCUGGAAGAAGAUUGUUCACACGAAUGCAUUAAUCAUUGACAUGAGGUACAACACAGGAGGCCCUGUAUCCUCUGUUGCAACUCUGUGCUCUUACUUCUUUGAUGGAGGACAUCCAGUUCUACUGGACAAAGUCUAUUAUAGGCCAAACAAUACUACCAGUGACCUUUGGACUCUUUCCCAGCUUUUAGGUCAGAGAUAUGGCUCCAAUAAGAGCUUGGUCAUUCUCACCAGCUCUGUGACUUCUGGGACUGCUGAACAAUUUGUUUACAUCAUGAAGAGACUGGGCAGAGCCUUGAUCCUUGGACAAAGGACCAGUGGGGGUUGCCACCCACCUCAGACAUUUCAUGUGGAUGGGACAGACCUCUAUAUCACCAUCCCAACUUCUAGAUCCAUCAUUUCUGUUGAGGACACUUGGGAAGGUGUCGGUGUGAGUCCUCACAUGGUAGUUCCCAUUGAGAGAACACUCAUCAAAGCAAAAGAGAUCCUUAUUGCCCAUCUCCAUAGUCUGAGUUAA